AUGUAUUCGUCGUUUUUGUUGUGCUUGUGUUGGUAUAUUAAUCUUGUACUCGCUGAAGAUAUAUUAUUAUACGCCAAGGAUUUGAUAAAUCAAGGGAACGAAGGUCAAUUAUUUGCUAAAAUUGAUUACAAUGAACUAGACAAGAAUGCUACAGUCAUAGAAGUAUCAGAUUUUGAUGGUAAGUCAACAGGACCUUUUUGUAUUUACUCUAAAUUCCAAAGUUCUACCAAAUAUGAUCAUUUAGAGAAUAAAUGUUUCAGUUUCAUGAAUAUAGUGACCCCAUUGCAUUAUCUUGUAGAUAUCGAGAUGCAUGAAACUAGCAAUAGCAUUCACAAAAUAUCUCUAUUAAAGAACGAAGAUGUUGACGGGAUUGAAGUCAUAGUAUCAUAUCCAGAGGUCGCACAUGAAGCUCCAGCUGGAAAGUUAAGAAAAAUCACUAAAACUUACAAAGAUAAAAAGUUGGAAAAAAAUCAACCAUCUCAAAUAGUGAAAGAGACUACAGAAGAUGAACAGCAAUCGUGGAUUCAACAAAACUGGAAAUUGCUAGCAUUGGGUUGGGUCAUUUACAAUGUAAUCAUGAUAGGAGUGAAAAAAACCCAGGAACAAGGUAAGGAACAAUUACAGAAUAACGCUAAAACAGAUUGA